AAUAAGGGGCCGCUAAGUGCCACGCAUGCGCACGGUGCUCAUCCGUCUAUUAAUACCUCGUGGCUGGUUUUGGUCAGGAGUAGCUUGCAGACGGGAAGGGUUUAGAUGCUUGCAUGGAAAGCGGAGAGCAGGUGCAUAGCUAAUCUGCUUGCUUCAGCCAUACCAGCAAUUCGCGAGCAGCACAGUGUGUGAUCCCUGAGGCCCUGUCACGUCGGUUGUCCUGGGGACCAAAGCGGCUACGGCAGCUGUGCGCGUUGCUUGAUAGUUUGGUGGCGGCGGACGGCCGCAUUGGCGCGAGCGCUGUGUCCGCAGGCAGUCUUCACCAUGGUCGAGUGUGAAUUGACGAAGGGGUUGCAUGUGUUGCCCAGCGCCGCGCGGCUCUGUCAGAUGUAGGGGAAUUCCGUAGGUGAGCAAGUACUUUAGGUCGGCGUGCCUUCCAACAUUGCCGAACGGAGUCGGUUGUGUGCAGGACAGAAGGAAGGGAUUGGCGUGUGAUGAUCGACGAUUUAAAGUAGAGAAUGCAUUCACAGCCCCGUGCCCUCUGUGGACGAUCACAGUGGACUGAGUCGAUUAGAAUACGAUGGGGGGCGGGGGAAAAAGAUGAUUGCAGUCGUUUGUCUACUUUAUUUUGGGGACAAAAUAUGUAUUUUUUGCAAAACGUCACCGUGAUGCAGCUUCUAUAGAGCACUCGCAAUGCAUUAUUUUUGAAGCAUCAAAAAAAUAAUGUGAGCUUUCGAUGAAAAUAACCAUGGCUGGCCCAGACCUAAAUGCCACAUGCGAGCAACGGUAGCAAAUGUAUUAUUUUGGUCUCGUAAAUAAUUUGGAUUAAUUAAAUUGAAAUAAAAACAAAGCACUGCGCGUAAACAACGGCUGAUUAAAGCGUCGGCCUUAAUGCAUUCUGUGUGUAAAAGGCGUUUGAAUGCUGCGGCGAUAAAACCCGGCGGAGUGCCGUGCUGCAGGCCGCAUGCUGCAGUGCAAAAGUGCGGUCUGCAUGAAGACCUGCAGGGCUGAUUUAGAGAGCUGCUGGGUGUGCUUCGCAACGGACGAGGACGACCGCGCCGCCGAGUGGGUGCGACCGUGCCGGUGCCGCGGCUCCACCAAGUGGGUGCACCAGACGUGCCUGCAGCGCUGGGUGGACGAGAAGCAGAAGGGCAACGGGACGGCGGUGGUAGCGUGCCCACAGUGCAACGCCGAGUACCUCAUCAUGUUCCCCAAGCACGGCCCAGUGGUGUACAUCCUAGACCUGGCCGAUCGCAUGAUCUACAAGGCAUGCCCGUUUGCAGCCGCAGGAAUCAUGGUGGGCUCCAUCUACUGGACAGCCGUCACGUACGGCGCCGUCACAGUCAUGCAGGUAUUGGGCCACAAGGAGGGGCUGGACAUGAUGGAGCGAGCAGACCCCCUCUUCCUGCUCAUUGGGCUGCCGACGAUUCCCAUCAUUCUCAUCCUGGGCAAGAUGAUUCGCUGGGAGGAUUACGUGCUCAAGCUUUGGCGCAAGUACUCCAGCAAGCUCUACAUACUUAACUACAUCUUCCCAGGUGUGUGCGGUCCCGUGCCGCGGAUCCCAGCCGAGACGAGCCCCCUGGCCGACCACGUGUCGGCCACGCGCAUCCUGUGCGGCGCGCUCGUCUUCCCGACCAUCGCCACCGUGGUGGGCAAGCUCAUGUUCAGCCGUGUCAACUCCAACCUGCAGAGAACCAUUUUGGGCGGCAUUGCGUUCGUGGCCAUCAAGGGCGCCUUCAAGGUGUACUUCAAGCAGCAGCAGUACCUCCGGCAGGCUCACCGGCGCAUCCUCAACGCCCCCAAUGAGCAGGACCACCCAUCCCUCCCGCAAGCUGCCGGCAACCAGCUCGGGGAAGCGCAGUGAAAACACUUUAAAGUCGAUACGUUUGAAACGGUUGCAGGUAACGGGCACGGUGGGUGGAAAGGUCCCCAAAUAUCUCUUUACCUGUGCAGCCACGCUCAAGCACUUGGCGGGGUUUGCUUAUUUGGAUCACUUCAUCUCGCCGGGGCGGGGGGGGGGAGGAGGGUCGAGGAGGACUUUGACCUUUUCUAUCCCCUUCCCGGCAAUUGAGCGGGUCGCACAACGCGAAGAGUCGACCGACGUGGAUCCGCCGUGGUCACGUGCACAGUUCUGCCGUGGAGCUUAAAGUCACGCAAAGUGCAUGCGCAGACAAACGCCGGCUCCGAAGGGGAGCCACGGGAGCUUUGCAUUUUGUUUGCGGGUUGCUGUGAGAAUGCCCUUUAUUGACGGCCUGUUCCAAAGCGAUUCUAUAUUUUAGUUUGUGGGGCCCCCAAUGUCCACGUGCUUGUGCCAUGUAGCACAUGGGUAAACACAUUUUUUUCAUUUUGUUGUUCUGCCCAUUGAGUACAACAUAGCAUAUUAAUGUUUGUUCCAAAUUAUUUGAACUGCAUUUCAUAAAACUAUGUGCUAUUGAAGUCGCUGCCUUUUGUGCUUGUCCUUGCAAAAGUGAAAUGCUGCACAAUCACUGUCAGAUCUAAAACGUAAAAAUCAGUGUCUUGCAGAAUUGGGAAAAAAAGGAUGUCAAUUUAUGAGCAUCUUAGUCUUUUUUGUAAGAUUAUAAUCAUUUGUCAGAAAGUGCAGAUUCCAGUUAUGUGGCAUUAUCAAGACUAAAAUAACUGCGUUUUUAAAAGUAGCUAGAACCUGGAGCCAAAAGUGCGUAACGGAGCCAUAUUUAUAACACGAUAUUUACGCAUCAGUAAUCUUUGCUGUGCAACAACAAGGACUUAUUGCUAUAUGUCAUUCGGGUCAUCCGCAUAUACUCCAUCAGUUUUCAUCAAUUCCAAAACGGUAUAUGAUAUGGGUAUUAUGGUACUAGGGCCAGUUAAUUACCUAAUGCAUCAACACAGUACAUUUUGGCUUGUGCAAUUACGAAGAAAUAAGCAGCAUUUCCAUAGCAUGCGCUAAUAAUAUUGUUGGCAUCGUAAAAUAAUAACACCGCAGUAAUUGGAACAUUAAAAGAGAAGGAUUUUUUUUGUAGCUAUAGCGUGUUGUUACCUCCUGCCCCCAACUGUUUUCUUCAUUUCCCCGCCUCUCCACACGCAGCGAAUUGAAGAGCUGCGUCUCUUCACACAGAGCAGCCAAGCAGAAAUGCCCUGUUGUGUACCCCAGGGGGGGGGGGGGGGGGUGCGGUAGGUGGAUGGGUAGCACUCCUAAUUACUGCUGAACCUUUUUAAGACCCCUCCAUAAAGCACAAACGGUCAGCAAAUGCGGCGGGGAAUUAGGAACGUGGAGAUGAAAAAAAAAUAGGCGAACUCUGCAGCAGGCUGAAUUCAAGGGGACUUGGCUAGUUUUAUUUUAUUGCAAGGCUUUUGGGGACUUUUGUUGAGGUGCAAAGUUAGACCUUGCCCUUAUAAAUUGACCUUGGAAGUUUUCUGCACCGCUACUUUUCUGCACAAUGCAUUGAUUUGUCGACUGAGUUGAAAAAGGAUACGGUUUGCUGUGCACUCGUGGGGAUGUGUCUUAUGUAAGGACUGUUCUGAGAGACAAAGAUCUGGCCAACGUAGCAGUUUCUUAGACCCAUGAUUUCAUGAAGCCACAGUGGUGGGUUCGACAUGUGUUUUUGACCAACCACAAGUCAACGAACUAUUGUGUGCUUUGCUUAAGCAUUUGUGAGGUGACCAGAUGGCUCAGAGUCGAGGGCGCUGAGCUUGCUCGCUAGAGUUCCUGGGUUUAAAUCCAAGUGUAGCAAGUUGAUGGUCUCAGCCCUGUCAUCAAUGACUGCACACACACACACACACAAAAACCCAUACACACAUUUGAUUCUGCACUUUAUUUGGCUUAAUUUCAAGCUCUGAAAAUUAAAAUGAUCGGAUUUCACCGGAAUGCAACGAACAUUCGUCUCGGUGGCGUAUGGGUGGCAAAGUGCUGCCACCUACUGCGUAGGCGACAGUUUACUCCCAUGGAUUUCAGAGGCGAUAUUUGGUGCCGUGGGCUGUUCUCUAAACAAUAAGGGUCGUUGCACUGCUCCGUGAGAUUUCCGAACGGAUACUUCAUUUCGUGACACGAGACGCAAAGGACAACCUGUGGAAAAUUACAACAACAACAACGCUUGAAUCAUUAUCUGUGUGGCUUAGCUUCCUGUAGAAGCCUCUCACUCUCAACUCCUCCAUCUAAUACUGUAAGUAGGCUAGCAUGCUGCUUUCUCAAGGUGACCUUUCGGUCUCUUUAAAUUGUGUGUGCACAGCCAAUCACGUUUGACUCGUCAGCACAUGUUUCUUAACGAAUUGGCUGCAAUGAAACGGAAAAGCCUUAAUGCCCUGUUAUCUGUACCCGCAUUUCUGAAACACCCAUGUGAUUAUGACUGGUCGCACGUGAUUGGAUUUGUAUUUAAAACUGAGUACCAUUGCGUAUUUCUUGCACAGUGUAAAGCGUACCACCAUAUGCUGUCAUCAUAACUUUUUGGAACGUCGAUGCUUGUAGUCACUUUAAUAUUUCAGUUUGUUUUAUGCAUUUGUAUUUUUUGUUGUAAUGUUCAUUCAGGUAAUGUAUCUAGCAGCAAGAUAAUAAAAUGUUGAUUCAUUUGGCUAUGGA